AUGAUUUUGUGGAUUAUUUGUAUUUUACCGAUUAUAUGCUACGGAAUAUUUCGGUUUAAACGUCGCCGAUUAUACGGAGUCGCGAAUAAAGUGACCGGAUCUGAGGAUGACAUACCGUUCUUUGGAAUUGCACCUUACCUCGUUGGAGGCUCCGAACGUGCAAUGGAUAAGCUUCAAGAAUAUGCUUACGUCACAACAAGUGUUGGAGGUUUUGCGAAGGCGUUUGUUGGUCCUUUGUUAUAUUACAUGGUAACCGAUGCAGAAAAAGUUGAAAUUAUACUGAAGCAACAUUUAGAGAAAGACAACAUAAUGCGUUUUAUGCGAUUUGCUAUUGGCUACGCAUCUAUAUUUGCUCCAGUGUCUAUUUGGCGACCCCGGCGAAAGAUUGCGGUCCCUUCAUUCAGUCCGAAGGUAAUAUCUAACUUCGUGGAUGUGUUUGCAAGAGAAAGCCAUAAGUUGGCCCAUAAGCUUAAGCCCACGGUAGGCAAAGGCCCAUUUCAAAUAUGGAGAUAUCUUAAUGCAUAUAGCUUGGACGCCGUUAUGGAAACUGCUAUGGGUGUCCAUGUAAACGCCCAAGAAAAUCACGACAAUCCGAUUCUCACAGCAACGAAUAGAGCUUUGUAUUACGUUUCUGAAAGAAUUUUUAAACUUUGGCUGCAACCUGACUGGUUAUACAGAUGGUUCCCUCAAUAUGGAAAAUUGGUGUAUUAUUGUAAAGUGUUGCACGGCUACACCGAUGAGAUAAUAGAGAAGAAAAGAGUGCAAGUAGCAGAACAAGAAAAAGCUAAAGCGGAAGGUACAACUCAAUCUUACCAACCUCUUAACUUCCUCGAUGUCCUAAUAAAUCAAUCUGGGGGUGAGAAGGGAUACAGCAAUCUGGAGCUACGUGAGGAAGUUAUGACUUUCAUUAUAGCUGCAAUGGACACCUCUGCUGUGAGCAUGGGAUUCACUCUUAAGCUGCUUGCGAAGUAUCCAGAAGUGCAGCAGAAAGUUUUCGAAGAGCUCGAUGCGGUUUUCGGUAAUUCAGAUCGUUUACUAGAAAAAGAUGACUUACCAAAACUCCAAUACUUGGAACGCGUUGUUAAAGAGACACUGCGACUCUAUCCUUCUGUACCAGUAAUCACAAGAACAACUACUGAAGAUGUGGUGGCAUUCAAGGAAAAUAUGACAUUGCUAAAGGGAUCAGGAUUUAUUGUAUCGAUAUGGGGAAUUCACAGAAACCCCAAGUAUUGGGGGCCAGAUGCACACUGUUUUGACCCAGACAGAUUUCUUCCGGAAAGGAUCGAAGGUGUUCCUCCUUGUGCCUUUAUACCGUUUAGUCAUGGACCUCGGAAUUGCCUUGGUUACCAAUACGCAAUGAUGUCAAUAAAGACAGUGCUGUCGUCUAUCCUCCGUCGGUACCGCGUGGUCGGGGAACCAGAAGCUGGACCCAUCCCACACAUGAGGGUGAAGAUGGAAAUAAUGCUGAAGCCCCUAGAUGGAUUUGAAGUGACACUGGAAGAACGAUGA